UGAAAAUAUGCCAGCUCUGCUGCUUCGUUAUUAUCAUGUCUGACAUUUAUGAUGGUGAUGCGAAUCGUGCAUCCGUAAUCAGAUGCAGAUGAUUGACCAAACAAGAGUGACUGCCUCAAAGUUGUCUGCCCAUUUCCUACAACUGCAGUUGUCAUGACAACCCAUGAAGGAUAUGUGGAAGUGAAAGACAUCAUACACUGCGAUAUGGAUGGAGGUGACUCUGUAGACGGUGCCCGAGGUGGUGGGUCCCCCAAACAUCAACUCAUGGUCAGUCUUUCCGAAUUCUCCGAGUCAAUGAUCGAUGAUGGAGCUGAUAACAUCAGUAUGGAGGUACAGAUGGGAGAAGAGGGUUCCCGACAUCCCAGUGAGAUCAGUUCCAUAUCAUACCAGAAUCUCCUUGAGGAUGGCGAAGCAGCAAGCACGUCCUUAUCCCGCCGGGAUAGUGAGGACAGCAAUGACUCCUAUCAGCCGGACGACCCUGAAGGCAUUGCUGACUUUCCUCCUGAAGACAUAGAACGGUUUGAGUCUUCUGAUCUUCCUCUCUCAGAGCAUUAUGCUGUUGCCAGGAAGUCGGAAUCAACGAACCAGAGUUCUAAUAAGGCUGCCAAACAGUCUGAUUUCCAACCCGAGGAGAAUGGAGAAGAGAAUUUGAGCGUGUCUUCAGACAAACAUUAUGACAAUGUUCCCAUUAUGAUCACUGGUGAAGAAAAUGAUGCGGAUGUGUCUGAAAAUGGAUCCUAUGAUAGCAAGACUAAUGUGAUACUUCGAAGGAAGGCUUCAUCGUCUGAAAAUGUUAGAGAGAUCAAUGAUGUAAUGGAUGCAGUGAAAAAGAGAAACAGUCUUGAAAUCCGGAAUAAUAUUCCCACAAUUGGGCAGAUAAAGACUUAUGAUAAGGAUAUUGACGACAUAACAUAUAACGCUCAGGGGGCCAAGCCAAAAAUCCGAAAACAGUCCCCUGGCCUUGCUCGAAGAGUUUGUGAUCAUCCCAUGGGUUCUGGGAGUGAUAGAGAAGGUUCAAGCUCAGAGCGGGAGAUGGAGAGGAUAGAAAAUCAUUUAGAGCCAAAUUUACCUCGUGCAUUAGGAUUGGAACUGUCAGGGGAGCCAACAGUUGGGGUUAUAGAAAAUGGCAAGGAUGGCAUUCAAAUUAUAGCGCCUAGGAAAAAUCUGAACAUUGAGAAUGAGUAUGACUAUGUUAAGUAUGCUCGUGUACAGAAGGGUAAUUCAUAUGUAGGCAUGAGGCUAGCAUAUUCAAGUUCCAAUGAUUCUUUGAAUUUGAAACGAAACAGUAUGAACAGUCAGGACAGUGGGUCCUUGGACAGUUCCAGAGAAACCUCACCAGAGAAGAUUCUUCAACAAAAGAUCUUGCAGGAUUUAGGAGUACCUGCACCAACUGAGCGAGUGAAUGAGGACUCUCUCACUGAGAUUCCACUGAAUGGGACUGAUGGUAAUAUGGUUGAUGACCGCAAGAGCUUUACAUUGUCGCCUGAGAACACAGAGUGUGAUAGUGUGGAGGUAGAAAGUGUGAUGUCGGAUGGUGACCGGUCAACGCUAGGCAUGCCCAUGGUGGAUGAUGGCCUAUCCAGUAGCCAGGCCAGUGAUGUGGAGGACAUGUGCAACCAUGACCCCUCCAUCCCCUCCGAGAUACUCAAACAGAGGCAAAAGCAGGACAUUGAGCAGGAGCUCAAGAACAGUGACGACAAGGAACAUUCUGAGAGUCGAAAUAAGGAGAUGGAUGCUCAGGCUAUUAUGAAUGACCUGAAGGCCAAGCGCGAGGCCCUGGACAUGGCUAUUGCAGAUAUCAAGUCGGCCAUCCAGCGCAGCAAGGGUGUGGCUCUACAGUCGUCAUAUCAACAGGAGGACAGCACCAACGAACCAGUCUGGGUGAAAAGAGACCCAAACAUACAGAAAAUGCAACAGAGACAGGAAGAGAUGCGCAGAGUACGAGAAGAGAUUGAACGUCAACAAGAGGAAGAGUAUGCCAAACAGGAACAGGAAAAAGUAGAUGGUGCUGAGUGCAGUGGGUCAGAGGACACAGGUAAUGCCAGUAAUGGUGCAGAGGCCGAGGGUGAAGGUCAGGGGUCCCCUGAUGAGGAAAAACCGCGACCUGCAAUUCCAACUUUUGCUGAUGUGCGAGCUUUCUUUACUGUUUAUGAAAUGGACGAUGAGAAAGAUGGAUUACUUGACAACCAGUAUACAAACAACAAUGGGAAGGCCUAUCAGGCACCCAAAGGUUAUGAGUCUGAUGAUGAAUAUGAAGAAAUAGAGGGCAUUCGCUACACUCGCCGAAACAAAGGCAAAAAAUAUGCUCUGCUCCAAAAAGACGAUUCUUUAGAGCAUGGCAGCCCCAUGACCCUCAACAUUCGGACCAAUGGCGGGCACCAUACUAAUCAUGGCUCAGAUAUGAGCUGCAACUCCAGUUCUUUCCACCAAUCUGAAAAAAGGCAUAAUUCGGAAACUCAGUAUUCAUCUCCGGACGAGGUGGGGAGUGAUACCGAGCCCGCAUCCAAAAACGCCUACGUGAGAGAUCCCCAUGGAGACUCGGACACUGAUGAGGAGACGGACCGCUUGCUGCAGAAGCAGUAUCAGAGACGGGACCAGUAUGUGGAGAUUCCAGAACUCAGUGAACCACCUGUUAAUAGAAGUGCUCAGGCUGAGAAGCGCCGUUCGCGCGCCAAAGAAGGUGAGCAGGAGUCAUUACAUGUUCGUGAUCCGGAUAAUCCUGAAGUCUUAAUCGAGGGAGUUUUGUUCCGAGCUCGAUACCUGGGCUCCACGCAGCUCGUUUCAGAAGGCCAGCCAUCAAAAGCCAUGAGGAUGAUGCAGGCCCAGGAGGCUGUAGGGAGAAUCAAGGCCUCGACCUUGGGCAGUUUGCAUUUUGGUGAAAAAUAUCAGGCCCCUGAAGGGGAAAACCAGCCCAGCACCGACGUGGAUCUGUUUGUGUCUACUGAGAAGAUCAUGGUACUGAACACCGAUCUGCAGGAAAUUAUGAUGGACCACUCGUUAAGAACAAUAUCCUAUAUUGCGGAUAUCGGUGAUAUUCUGGUGAUAAUGGCACGACGUCGCCUCAUCACAAGCCCUGAUUCCGAAUCUCUACGUAGAAGACGACAGGCAAAGAUUCUGUGUCAUGUCUUCGAGUCGGACGAGGCCCAGCUGAUAGCCCAGUCCAUCGGGCAGGCCUUCCAGGUGGCCUACAUGGAGUUCCUGAAGGCCAAUGGCAUCGAGGACCCGGGCAUCCUGAAGGAGAUGGACUACCAGGAUGUCCUCAACCAACAGGAGAUCUAUGGGGAGGAACUCAACCUGUUCGCCAACAAGGAUUAUCACAAAGAGGUGAUAGUACCAAAGACAAAAGGUGAACCCCUGGGUGUUGUCAUCGUGGAGUCUGGUUGGGGAUCCAUGGUGCCGACAGUGGUCCUGGCCAACAUGAUGCCUACUGGUCCAGCAGCACGCUGUGGUCAGCUCAACAUUGGUGACCAGAUCAUCUCCAUCAAUGGCAUCAGUCUGGUCGGCCUGCCCCUGUCAGCAUGUCAAAAUCAGAUCAAGACGUCCAAGCCCCAGACAGUGGUCAAGCUGACCGUAGUGCCAUGUCCUCCAGUAGUGGAGGUCCUCAUCAAGCGGCCAGACGUCAAGUACCAGCUUGGCUUCAGUGUACAGAACGGAGUGAUCUGCAGUUUAUUACGUGGAGGUAUAGCUGAGAGGGGUGGUGUGAGGGUCGGACAUCGAAUCAUCGAGAUCAACAAUCAGAGUGUGGUAGCAGUACCCCAUGAGAAGAUAGUAGCACUACUAGCCAACUCUGUAGGAGAGAUCCACAUGAAGACCAUGCCUACGUCCAUCUAUCGUCUGCUGACUGGUCAAGACACGCCUCACUACUUAUAGACACAACAGUAUUGUAUGCCAAGACUUGCUUCACACGACUGUAGCCUUGUUGAAUGGAGGAGGCAACACCAUUCUAGUCAGUGUGGUCAACAGUGGUCAUUCUCCCACCAAGAACAUAGACAGCCUGAAGGUGCUGACCGCUGCUGACCAUUGUCAUUUGACUGUGAGUGGCCCACUGAUGCGUACCAUCUGGGCCAACAUACCUACAUCAAGCUCUGCUUUGAAUAAUUUGUGAAAUUGGAGAUGGGCAUCUUGUAUGAUGAGGUUCUGUGAACUUCAUCGGGCAGCAUCAGUUCCAUCUUCCCCUAUACAUCAUCUGCAGUGUGGAGAGGACUGUUAAGCAUGAUUGCCUGGUGGGUCUUCACAAUAUGCAACUGUAUAGUGUCAUGGGAAUAGCGCUGUGCUGGAAGAUACUUGGAAGGAUCUUUGAGGGUAAACAGGUUCUGUGCAUGUUCAUGAAUUUGUGACUUAUGGUGCUUUGAUUAGUAAAGGCCAAGGGAACACUACAACUAGAUCUGUGAGAAGUGAUUUGUAUGGUAGUCUGAGCAGACUGAGGUCUAACCUUGAGAGAUGGUGAGGAAGGCCAACAUUGAUGCUUUGUACUUGAGAAUAUUGCAGGGCACAGCUGUACAAUAUGGACUGUCAAGCUAUUAAGGGCAUCAUUUUCCUACUUGUUCAUUUAUACAAACCUACAACAUAUAUCCGAAAAUGUUGAAAAGUGUCAUGUUGGACAGUGUACCUCCAUGUUUGUGUUCAGUGUCAAGAAGCAGCCUGUUGGAGGCUGCAGAACAUUCCACGUGACAUUGCUGCAAGUUCUUCUUCUGCCAGUGAUAAAGGACGUGAUGAACAGUGUGUCCGUCUCCAUGGAUGUCACACAGGAGUGAUCAUCACACCAAACAUCACCCCUCAGUGUUGAAAAUAUAGCAUUUGUCAGGAGCAUAUAUAGAAUUAUUGAACUUGUGUUCAUAGAAUCUUCCCAUCUGCAGAUGCAGAUACUGUAGACUAAAUCUUGUUUGUGGAGUAUCCACUGGUCAGCAGAAACUGGCCAUCUGAUUAUGCAACUGCACACUGCGAAGAAGACUACUGGAGUCUUUCUAAGGUUGUUGAUUCUGCCCUGUAUGGUCAGUGAAGAACUCCACUGAUUGUUCUGUUGGAGUUGGUACCCAAACCUCUUGUGACUUCCCCAUCCAGGAAAACACUGUUGCUCCUCACAUUUCUGGUCAUAACCUACCUUUCACUGGUAACUGUUACAUGUGAUAUUGUUCAGUAUUCUGUGCUAGUGCUUUGUAGAAAGCUGUUGCUUUAAGGUAAGAAGUUAAUUGUGAAGUGUCAAGAAAUAUCUAAAUAGGAAAACAGGUACCCAAGAAACAUAUCGUAACUCAGUUCUCGGUCAAAUGGUAGGUACUUAUAGGUAAGGUAAUUAGAAGUGUUGAAUUUGAGCAUAUGUAACUUUCUGUUAGACGGAUUAAAGCAGACAAUUGUCUCCUACCUUGAUGCUAGAGUUACCUUCCCUGUGAAGGUUACAAAGAGUCUUGGAGGUCAUGCUAUAUGAAGCAGAUUUUGUCACCUGAUGCUAGAGUUACCUCCCUGUCAAGGUUACAAAAUGUCCUGGAGGUCAUACUGUAAGAAGCAGAUUGUUGGCACCUAAUGCUGGAGUUACCUUGCCUGGUAAGAGAACACCUAGAUCUUCCACAGUUAUGUCACAUGCUAAAACUCCAGGUGUACUGUCUACUGUAGUUCUUCAUCCUGUUUAUAAGCAGCUCUUCAGCUGUGGAACAAUUUUGUACCAGUGUGUAGUGUAGUCUUGGGAGAAUCAUUUCAGUUUAGAGAGAUUGUCAAAUAUCAUUCUGUCAUGAGUAACCUCAAGGUAUCUUUGUGAAGCUUUUAUCAGAAUACUUAAACAUUAUACCUAAUUCCAAAUUUGGUUAGUUUCUAAGUAAAAACAUGUUCUCCGUAUAACGUUCUUCAUAGAUAGUGGCAUAUUGUUUCAGUUCAAGUGACGAUUGACAUAAUUAAGUUUAAUAUUUUUUUCAUUUAAGGGGAAGUGUUUAUGGUUUUCUCUUUUAAGAAGUGUUGGAAGUGGGGUUUAUGUUUCAAAACUAAAGGUUAUGGGUUUCAUUGAUCAUUUCAUUGAAUCAAAUUUUAUAAAUUUAAUGUCUUAAAAACUCAAUUUUUGUUUAUUGUGGUGUAUUUAUUCUCUGUCAAUCAAACAUUCCAAAAACUCAAAUGCCCCACCCACUUUCAUCACUUGACCAUGUUGCUCCAAUUGUCUGGAUAAACUGAGCUUUAUGUUAAUAUUGACCUCUCACCCUGUGCUCUGUCUGCAUCAGAUGCUUCUUGAUGUUUUCCUAUGAACAUCCAGAUUUAUAAGGUUUUUGAUUGGUGAGAAUGUUGCUCUUUCACCAUUGUAGUUAUAAUAUGUGUUGUUCAUGAAUUGUGAAGAGUUCAAUUGUGUACCCGGUAGUACUCACUUAAAGAUUGAACAUCUGAAUGAUAGUAUGCUCUGAUUUGAUAUUGCAUUGUAUCAGGCAGUUUACACUGUAUAUUAACCACAUUUAAUUAUGUACAGUGGGCUCUGUGUGCAGUUUGCAGUUUUUGACAAUGUUGAGUUUGAUAGCUAGCUACUGUAAAUAAUUUGUGUUGCUAGUACCUGAAGACAAGACCCAACUUAGGACUGAACCCAGAUGUGAACCUAGACCUGAACAAGGACUGAACCUUGGCUUCAGUUUUGUUAUAAAACAUGUAUGGAUUAUGAUAUAUGUGCAAUAAUAUUGUGUUGAUGUGCUUUCAUUCUCACCUCCUGACCCUGGCUCAUGUGAUCUUACUGUACAAUAUUGCCAGCACUGAACCAGUAGAUACUUAAACCCUGUCAAAAUAGACCUGGUAAACUUACAGUUCCUCCAAAUGGUUGCACACAAGCAUCUUCAUACAGACACAGUGGCAAUGAAAGACAGGAGAACCUCCUCACUUGAAAGUUGUCCUAUUUUCAACUAGGGAAAUCUAGUAUAGGAAUCCUUAUAGGAAUAAGGGUCAUCCUUUUUGAAAAAUGAGUUAGAAAGAUGGGACAGUGGUGUAAAUUAGGCAAACACUUGCCACAAGAUUUCCUUGUAGUUCAUCUCAGAAUAUUGAUAAUAUGUCUGCAUGUUGAUCUAAAAAGGUUAAGUUGACAAGUCACGUUUGAUUUAUUGAACAGUGAAGGUUCUUGAAGAUUUUUUGGCUCACAAGUUGAUUGGUGUUUCCCAAAUCUUCACCAUCUUCCAAAGGUUUAAAGAUAUUCUAGCCUGGUUCAUUUCUUUCAGAUUUUAAAGACCCAUAUAUUCCUUGUGUACCAUAUAUCAAAGAUUAAACUUUCUAUGAGAUGGAAACAUAUUUUUGUCCACAGACAGAUGGGCUUUCCUCAACAAUCCUUACUUUAGUUGCCACUGUGUAGAAGAGACAUAAUAUUCUGUGAAUCAUGAAUAAUAGUUGUAUUGUCUGUAAUAAUACAGUAUCGGAGCAAUGUAUGAUAUGUCAUUGGGUGUAACUUAAUUUGAUCCGUGUUAUAACAUGUGUAUUUACAAUCUGUAUCUUCACUAGUAUAUAAACAUAUUGAAUCAUUUGAACUCUUGAUCAAGCUUUUCACAGCUUGCCUCCAUGUGUACAAACAGAUUAGUGGAUCAGCUGGGUAUAUUACCCUUGUUUUGAAUACAUUAUCAGAGGAAUAAAUAUCCAUUUUAUUCAGAUGGAUAAUUACAUGAUAUGAUAAUGAGGACAUAUUGAAAUUGGAAUUUAAGAUAAAAAAUAGAGUAUUUGCAAUGAAGGUUUGAAGCAGUCGAGUUGGCAAAAUGAAAUCUGUAAAGGGAUUGUAUUUCCACCCAUUGUGAUAAUGUUCUGUGUGUGCGUGCAUAAUAUUGUCAUGAAGUCAGACCACAGCUUGUUGCUUACAUGACUAGAAGAAUGCAUUUGUCCUUGAAACUGUAAGUAUAUCUUCAAGGUAUAUUCCUCUUUUACUGAUGCAAAUGUAUAGCAAGCAUUGUUUGAGGAUAUUUAAUUCACUGGAACAAUUUCAAUUGUCCCUUCUUCUUGGCUAUUGAAACAACACAAAAAACACUAUGUUAUCUCAGUGCGUUCUGUUGACUAACACUUUUUUAAGUGCAUUUCAUUUCUGUGUGCAAUUGAUACAGCAAAUUAUAACAUAUUAUUUAUUAGAAAGUGAUAAAUGUUGAAAGAAUUGUACUGAUAUUGGAAUAUGCUGUUGAAAAUGAUAUUCAUGUUGUGUCUAUGUUGUGGUCCAAGGGAGAUAACUCCCAACCUCAAUGUUCUAUAGAUGUUGAAGUCUUCAUGUCCGAAAUAAUGUGCUGCUUUCAUGGAAGCAGGCAUAAAAGACUACACAAAUUGUUGAUAGUUUUCAAGUUGAAUUUGGUUAUUUAUUCUUGUGUCUUAAGAUAUAUGGGAGUGUCUGAAGACUGAGUUAUUGAAAACAUCUCUGAAACAAACAUGUUUGUUUCCUGUUAGUGGUUUCUUGUUUUGAAAACAGGUGUUGUCCAGUUUCAUAGAAUAUUCCUCACAAACUGAACUGAUUCAGGUGUUAAUUUGAAUGGAUUUACCAUUUACAACAGGAGCUAAUAGUCACAUAAGUCUCAACACCCAUUUUUCUCUUUCGACAAUGUGAUUUUUUGUCCCGCAUCUUACACAACCUCAUCUUUGCUUUCAUAGUAUAAAAUGUGAAGUCUUGGCAGAUUUGUUCUGAAAGAUUUGACAUGUACAUGCUCCAUGUGAACCAACUGUGCAUCUGUCUCCCCCCUGUAAUGAUGGGUGUUCUCCACCCACACCUAAACAGUGACUUUGUGAAACCACCCUCCCAGUGUCCCUCCUUCUCCAACUGUUGUGCUUGCUCUCUACGUUCUGUGAUUCUGUAUGCCUGUAUGAUAUGAAAGACUGUAAGCCAUUAUAUAUGUAUUAUCUGUGCUACUCUCGGAUAUGAAAGAAUUGAAUAAAACAUAUUUAAUGUAA